AUGCCCACACAAAUCAACCUGCAACCGGAAUUGCCAAUCAUCUCUGACACUCAAAUGGCAGAGGUGAAGCAUCAGGCCCAUUUCCUGCCCCUCCCCCCUACCCUUCAAAGUUUACACGCUGGUCACGACGCGCGGGCCUGGGCGAUGUACAUCGAUCAAAAGCGGAGCUGGUUCCUCCACAAUGGAGAGCACUUCGAGCGCACUGACGGUGGCAUCAAUGUGGGCAGUGUAAUCGGUGUACGACUGGACUGCGAACGCGGCAGUCUGGCCUACUACCUUGACGACGAGCCACACGGUCCAAUCGCAUUCACUGGCCUCCCCACAGGUGUAUACUACCCUGCUAUUAGUCUCAACCGCGAUGUUCAGGUGACCCUGCGAUCCGGCCUCGAACCGCCCUCCUCAGACAGUGAGGACAGCGAUGAGAGCGCCUCCCCCUGUCCACCUCUCGUCUCCACCUCCGUCACUGCUCCUGCCCUCGCUCUUACUCGACCACACUCGGGGAAGUCAACCCAAUCCAGACCCUCGCAGUGA